UCAUUAUUUAGUAGUACACCGUUAGUGAGGGGAGACUAAACUCGAGUGUGACUAAAUGCAGCAAUUUGAUUGGUUGAUUCAUCUUUUCCAACAAAUUUAAACUUUGAGUUCAACUCAAAAACCCAGAAAUUGUCCGCUGUCAAGAUGGAUGGUUCAAACCCAAAUAGAAGGAGCGGCACAAAAUCCCGUCGGCGAUCUUUGAGAACCCUUCAGCUAUUAGACAGCAGUGUGAAUCAAACUACAAGUGACGCUUUGCCCCAGAACUAUGGCUCAGUAUGGAUUAACUACGACACACCAUCGCCAAACCCCAAAUGCAGUCGCCGGAGUAUUUCCAGAAGAUCUAUCUGUGAUUCUUUUGCUCAGAGCAACAACAGCAUUAGUUGUCCAGGCAAAGAAAAUGUUUAUGUGAACGGCACAGCCUCUCUUGCAACAUCAAGUUGCAACACAGCAAUUUCUAAUCGCUCUGAGACAAGUUCCAUCAAUUAUGGAGAUAUUGGCAAUUCUGAAUGUUACACUAAAGUUUCUGUUCCACAAGAAUGCCUCAUUAAAGUUAUUAGUGCCAUGUGUAUUGAAGAUGGUUCGAAAACUAGCUCCGAGAAGCAAAAUUUACCCUCUGAUCUUUCAACACCGAGUAACAGUGAAGAUAUUGCUAACUCCCAAUCACAUUCUGGAAAGUUCUGUGAGGAAUUUGUGUCUAAGAAUUAUGACAUUAAUAACUCUUAUUUGUUUCCAAAUGAUCUGUCACUGGACAAAGCUACAGAUUCUUAUUCACAUGUUCCAGAGAACAGACAAAAGAAAUUUGUAAUGAAGGAGAACUUGAUGCAGUCUCAGAGCCCCACAACAAUUGAAGGUACAUCUUUAUCAUUAAAUGAAAGUUUAUCUCAAGAGAACAACCUCACUGAUUCUUUAUCUUGUUCUUCAAAUAAUCUCAGUUCCAUUGAAGCUAAUCGUGCUGAAGUGUCUGACACAUUCUUUAAUGUUUCCAAAAACAAUUCCGUCUGUCUGGAGGAUGUAUCUGAUAAUGCUAUUGAGAUUAAUUAUUGCAGUAAAAGAGACAUAACAUCAGCACUAAGCGAAAACUACUCCCAUGGCAUCACAAAUGACUCUAAAAACCAAGACAGUCUCAAUAGUCCUGCUUAUUCUGACCUCUCCCUGAAUUCUAGCUCCCUCUCUGACCUCAUUCCUGUGUCUUCAGAUUCUUGGCAUUUUCUCACAGAAUACCCUGAGGGAAAUAAGAAAGAUUCUAAUACUCUGUCAGAUUCUUAUUUAUGGAAUGUCUCAUGUGAAUCAGAAUUGUCCAAUUCUUGGUGCUAUACUUCUCAAAAUUCUCUCAAUAAACUGCCAGAUCCCUCUAUUUAUCAAUGUUCCACACCUUGCAGAGCUGGGGAAGCCCUGCCUCUUCACAAGACUCCUGACAUUAACAAAGAGCAUGCCUUGCCUCAGUCUGAGAGUCCAUUAAUAAAUAUUUCUGGAAUUUUAAAAGGUAUUUUUGUCAAAGACGUUUCACCUGUACAAACCCUCUCCAAUUCUCCCUUGUAUCUUGGCCAAAAUGAACAAAGCCACAGAACAGUUUCAACUCCUUCCUCUAUUGAUAACAGAGAAAAUAUGUCUGCUGCUAUGCAAGAAGAAUGCAUUCUGUCUUUUAAGAAAGAAUUACCUAGCGGCAAUGCGAGUGAAACCAAUCUGAUGGCCCCUGAUUCACAACAAAUCAGUCCUAUUGGAAAUAGGGGCCUUGAAUCCUUAAUGAACAAUCUCAAUUUAAGUUCUAACAGCGUUUCCAAAGAAACUUCACCAAAACUGUCUUUGGAAACUCAGAAGAAAAGCACUGCAGCUACUUUUAGUUCUUCAGAGCCAGCCAUUGCAGUUUCAAAGCCAAAAGCUAAAAAGUCCAAAAGCAAAGUCUUAGAAUCAAAAUCUAGCGACUCUGAAGUGGCGCUAGCAAAAAGGAAGAAAUUAAGACGGCGCGCUUUAAACAUUAUUCCAUUAGAACUAGAUAUAGUGAAUGAGGAACCAAUAAAUGAUGUCAAUGUUGUACAUAUGGAAUGUUUUCAGGAAUCUACCAACUCUUUGGGAUUUAAGCCUGCUGAAGAAACCAAUCAAAGUUUGUCUAGUUCUAAAGUUAGACAACUCAGAACCCGAAAGUCUGCAAGUUAUUCCAAUGAACCAAUGAAAGAUCUCAGUGUUGUGCACAUGGAAUGUUGCAGUAAUGAAAUGGCCACACCUCUGGAAGUUAACCCAUCGGAGGAAGCAAAAGACAAAAGUGUGUCUGUUUCUAAUGUGAAACAACGAAGAGCUAGAAAAUCGGUGGAUAAUUUGAAGGAAACAAAUUCAAAGACAAAAGGUUUAAAAUCAAAAACUGUGCAAAACAAUAACAAGAACCAUUCUGGAGAAAAGCUAAACAACGUUGAAAUGGAUUCUUCUCAAGAAGAUUCCAACGCCACAUCAUUUCGCAGAUGUAGCAAGCGAAAAUCAAUUGAAGUCUCUUUGAUGCUAAAUAAAAGACAAGAACCUGCUUUGAAGGUUGUUACAGAUGAGGAAAAUGUCAAUGUUCUGAAAGAUAUUUACCUGCAAAAGAACUACAAACCUAUCAAAGCGGUUCAACUGGAAACCAUUUAUGAUUGUCCGACUAAAAAAGGCAUCAACACUUUGUUCAGCAAGAAGAAAAUGUCCAGAACUCUGAGCUUUGAGACAAAUCCUGUCAAGUUAAAAAACAGGAGGAAGAAAGCUUUGAAAAAUUGGCCAUUUAUGUUUGAUGUCUUAGAUGCUGCUGACAAACGGCAGAUAAUGUUUUUCGAGGAAAUCUGAGUCUUAUCAGAUCAAAUCAGAUUUUCUCACAUACAUAGAUCUACACAUGUCAUUACAUACAUACAUGUUUAUACAAACACACACAUAAAUAUACACACCUCUCUGUCUCUCUCCCUCUCUCUCUUAUAUAUAUAUUAUAUAUAAUAUAUAUAUAUAUUAUAUAUAAUAAAUAUAUAUUAUUUAUAUAUACAUUAUGUAUAUAAUAUAUAGUUAUAAGGUUGUUUCACAUGAAAUAUCGUAUUUGAAAGGUAACAAUAAAAUGUUUUAGAAGUGUCAGAGAACUGAUUUAUUUUAUGAAAGUAUGAUCCUUGUUCAUUUAUGAUGUUUAUGUCAAAUAUUCCAUCUUUAAAAACGAAUUUCAUCUUUUGCUGUGAUAAACUGUCUGAAUGCUUCAAUUACCUCUUCUCUGUUUAAGAAUGUUUUAUUGCUUAAGUAAGUGAUGCUCACUAGGAGAGAUAUCAGGCGAAUAGGGAGGAUGUUGCUAAAUCUCAUAAUUCAGGCUUUGCAACUUUUAGACCGAAACCUGAGGAGUGAGGAGGACGUGCAUUGAUGUGUGGCAAAAUUGGGCCAUCUCCAUUCAAUAGUCUGGCUUGCUUCUUUUUCAAAUUCUCAUGCAUACAAUCAAUUUCCUGGCAAUAUGAUGUUGCUGGUACUGUUUUUUCCUUGUUACAAAGAUGAAUAAUGAAUAACUCCCUUCGCAGACCACCAUACAGUGACCACUACCUUUUUAGGGUGCAAUGGUGCGUCUAAUCACUGUCCUGUUCUGCUGUUGUCAAAGAGCAUCCAUUUCUCAUCACAAGUAAUGAUUUGAUGCAAAAAUGGUCUUUUUCCAGUUGAGAAAGCAAUGAGGAGCACACUUCGAGGCUUCUGUUUUUUUUUUAACCUUGUUCAGUUGAUGUGGAAGAAAUCUAUCCAUUUUCUUGACUUCUCCAAUGUUUUACAGGUGUCCAAAAACAGGUGUGCGAGUUGUUUCGAGUUCUGAUGAAAGUUUUUGAACCUUUGUUAUCAGAUUUUGUCAAUCAAAGCAUUUAAUCCAUCAUGCCAAAUAACUGAUUUUGGCCUACCCCUUCGUUUAUUUUCAAGGCUAUCAUUUCCUGAAUGAGAGCUUUGGAACCAUCUCUGAACAGUUCUGAUGUUAACAAAACCAUUACCGAAGGCCUGCUUGAUAUUCUGUAGAGCAUCUGUGGCAGAGUGACCCAGUUUGUACUCAUACAAGAAAAUCACUCAACAUAGUUUGGUUAUUAUCGUUUUCAUAAGGUCUGUGGGUACGAAUUUUGUCUACCAAUAUUGUUGGGAAAGAAAAAGAGUCAAGGUAUACAUAAUUGAAUUUUUUAAUGACUGAAAUAACAAGUAAUUAAAAAUGUAACAUUUCAUGUGUCGCAACCUUAUAUUAUAUAUAUAUUAUAUAUAUAUUAUAUAUAUUAUAUAUAUAUAUAUAUAUAUAGUAUAUAUAUAUAUAUAGUAUAUAAAUAGUAUAUAUAUAUAUAUAUAUAUAUAUAUAUAUAUAUAUAUAUAUAUAUAUAUAUAUAUAUAUAUAUAUAUAUAUACACACACACACACACACACACACACAUAUAUAUACAGGGUGCAUAAGAUAUUUGAGGAUAGAUUUAUGUUUAUAAAAAAAAACAAAUAUAUAAUAACAGAUAAUAACUUUAUUUAUCAAAAAAUGCUAGGAGGGUAAAAAUAAACCUUCUUUUCUAUAAUGUUAUUCGAUAAAGCCACCUUCAGCUUCAACAAUUGCUUCUAUAUGAGAUGUAAAUCAUCUCCAUGCUUGAAUCAAGUGGUCCUGGUUCGUUUUGAACAUUACUCUGAUUAUGGCAGCUUUCAAAGAAUCUUUGGUGUUACGGGUGUGUUCAUUGACCUCUCUCUCAACAACGCUCCACAUGCAAUAGUCCAAUGGAUAGAGAUCUGGAGAAUUAGGAGGCCAAAUGUUAGGGGUUAUGUGAUCAUGAAAAUAUUCAGCCAUCCAUUCCUGUGUUACUAGAGCCACGUGUCAUAGUGCAUAGUCUUACUGAAACAUAUAUUUCUUUCUAUUGCAUAUCCAGGGCUUAACAAUUGUUUCCAGGACCUCAAUGUAGGUGGCAGAGUUAACACUAAAGCCUUGUGGAAAGAAGUAAGGAGGUAUCACAUGUCCUUCAUUGCUGACAACCCCUAAAACCAUGACGGCAUGCUCCAGCAUGGGCUCAGUGAUUCAGUUACUGAAUGCAGUAAAUGAAAAGGACACUAUACAGUAAUCUAUUGAUGCAAUUAUGCCAUGCAUAUAACUCAAUAUUUUCAAGUAUUAAUCUGUUUUAAUAUUGAAAUUUACAUAUAAAAAUUAAAGUUUUAUUUGUCA